GAGAAGUCUUUCUCUCUCCCUCAGGUUGAAAAAUCAAAGGUUUGAGUCUUUGAGAGAGUCUCUCUGUAUAAUAACUUUCGAGAUCAAUCUCUCAACCAACCAAUCCAUCCAUCACCUGCUUUAGUGACUAGCUCUUACUUUUACUUUAUGGAACCGGUUCAAUCCGCACCGCCUGCGAACUCAAACUCGCCGUCUAUACCGCCGCCGGUGAACUCGGUGCCACCUUUUCUGAGCAAAACCUACGACAUGGUUGAUGAUCCUUCGACCAACGAGGUCGUGUCUUGGAGCAGCGGGAACAACAGCUUCGUCGUCUGGAACGUGCCUGAGUUCUCCAAAGUGCUAUUGCCUAAGCAUUUCAAGCACAACAAUUUCUCCAGCUUCGUUAGGCAGUUAAAUACAUAUGGAUUUAGAAAAGUUGAUCCAGAUCAAUGGGAGUUUGCAAACGAAGGAUUUUUAAGAGACCAGAAACAACUACUAAAAAGUAUUGUAAGGAAAAGACCUUCACAUGUACAGCAGAAUCAGCAACAGACUCAAGUUCAGAACUCACCUGUUGGCGCUUGUGUGGAGGUGGGGAAGUUUGGAAUAGAAGAAGAAGUGGAAAGACUAAAGCGUGACAAGAACGUUCUUAUGCAAGAGCUUGUGAGGUUGAGGCAGCAGCAACAAGCUACCGAACACCAACUGCAGAAUGUGGGUCAGAAAGUUCAGGUGAUGGAGCAAAGGCAACAGCAAACCAUGUCGUUUCUAGCAAAGGCGGUUCAGAGUCCAGGCUUCUUAAACCAGCUGGUGCAACAGAACAACAAUAAUGAUGGCAACAAACAUAUUCAGGGAAGCAACAAAAAGAGGAGACUUCCUGGAGAUGAUGAACAGGAGAAUUGUAAAGGGCAUGAUGAUGAGGCUAAUGGUCUUAACCGUCAGAUUGUUAAAUACGAAGCAGCACAAACUAUGCUUCGGCAGAUCUUAAACAGGAGUAGUAGCUCGCCUCGGUGUGAAUCAGUUUCAAACCGUCCUGAAAGUUUCCUGUUGGAUGAUACUCCCACUACUAACUCUCUGAACUCCGCAGAUAGAGUUUCUGGUCCAAGUCCAAGCCAAGGAGUAGCAGCAGCUGCAGCUUCUUGGAGCCCUGAAUCUGAUUUAGUUGGGUUCGGGACAGGUGAUGGAGUGUGUUUCGAUCCAAUAAUGGCUGCUUUAGGUGGGUCGCUGGAAAUAGAAAGCGAUGAGAUAUCUCCUGUAGGUGAGGGAGAGGUGACUGAGUUACAGAACGAGGCCCCUAAGCUGCCAGGAGUCCAAGAUUCAUUCUGGGAACAGUUCUUUGCUGACGAAACCCCAUUGAUCGAAGACGACAUUCUUUCAGGAGCUGUGGAGAAUAGUGACAUAGUAAUGGAGCAACAAGAAAUGAACCAUCUUACCGAACAAAUGGAACUUCUUUCUUCAGCAACACAGAGGAAAUGAAGGUAGGAACAUGGGAAAAAUAUCUGCAUUGCUGAUGUUCUGUCUUGAGAGUUAUCAUUUGUUUCUCAUAGAUGUAGAUCUUCAGGGGAUAUGAAACGAAGGAGGAGAUGUAAAUAUAAAAAAAAAAUCCCAUUUUACCAUUAUGCUUGUGAAUGAUCAAAUCUUUGAGUAGA